AUGUCGUCUAUAUCUUCGUCCCAGCAGCCCAACUUCAAAAGCAUACUGCAGUACAACGCUCGGCAAGAAAUGAUCUACUGGAUGGCUUUCGUGGCCUGCCUAGGUACCCUACAGUUCGGCUACCAUGUGGCAGAGCUCAAUGCGCCUCUAGACGUUAUCAUUUGUCACGACGCUGUCACAGACUGCAUUGACCUCCAUCCCCGGGACGUUGGUUACGUCACGGCGGCAUUUUCUGUUGGAGGACUCAUUUCAGCUCUGUUGGCAGGAAUGGCAGCUUCCAAAUACGGCCCCAAGAAGGUCUCUUUGUUCAACACGCUCUCGUUCAUUGCAGGCCCUCUGUUCAUGGCCAAUGCUACAAACACCAAUACUCUGGCCUUUGGACGGUUUGUUUCGGGUCUCGGAGCAGGAGCUGCCAUCGUGGUGACCCCACUAUUUCUCAACGAAAUUGCGCCCCAUAAUCUCAGAGGCAUGUUUGGAGCUCUCAGCCAGAUUUCCGUUAACGUGGGCAUUGUUGCCGCUCAGGUUGCUGGUCUCAUCAUCUCACAGUCCUGGAGAUACAUUCUCAUCAUUGGCUUUUUCCUGGGUCUCAUCAACUUGGCGAGCUUGGCAUUCAUUCCCGAGUCGCCCAAAUGGCUCGUCUCAAAGAAUAGAGCCACAGAAGCUACUGCUAUUCUAGCCAGACUCCGUGACAAUCGAGCCACAGCUGCCAGAGAAGUCGAAGAGUGGCAGAAGGAGCUUCAGAGCGUCAUGUUUGAAAGUGACCAGCUCAUGGCUCCUGCUUCUGCUGCUUCUGCCAACCACAUCGAGCCAGUUUCUCUGUCGGCUUUCCUGACCAGAAAGCCUUACAGAAAGCCCCUUUUGGCGAUCCUCAUUAUCAUGACAGCCCAGCAACUGUGUGGAAUCAACUCCAUAAUAUUCUACGGCGUGUCAAUCCUGGGCCAGAUCAUCCCCAAGUACUCGACUCUGGUGAAUGUGUUCAUCUCCGUGCUUGGAACCGUGGUGACGGUGGGUGCCUCAAGAUUCAUUGAUGUGCUCGGAAGAAAGAGAUUGCUACUCUACUCUAUUUUCGGCAUGUCUGUCAGUGCAGCACUGGUGGCCACAGGUAUCAUCAACUCUUGGCCCAUUGUUUCUUCAUUGUCAGCUGCACUGUUUGUCGUCUCGUUUGCCAUCGGACUGGGACCCAUUCCCUUCCUCAUGGUAUCGGAGAUGGUGGAGCCCAACUGUGUGGGAGUGGGCCAGUCUGUGGGCAUGACAUCCAACUGGAUUGUCACCUUUGCGGUGGGCUACUUCUUCCCUAUGGUGAACGCCCGUCUAGGCGGAGCUACCUUUUAUUUAUUCAGUGUGUUUGGCAUUGCCUACCUGACGCUGGUGGUCAAGUUUGUUCCUGAAACCAAAGGCAAGCGAAAUUUUACCGAGGUUUGGACCAUGUAG